AAGGAUAAGGAGUGGAUGCCUGUCACCAAGCUGGGCUGCUUGGUUAAGGACAUAAAGAUCAAGUCCCUGGAGAACUAUCUCUUCUCCCUGCCCAUCAAGGAAUCUGAGAUCACUGACUUUUUCCUGGGGGCCUCUCUCAAGGAUGAGGUGUUGAAGAUUAUACCAGUGCAGAAGCAGACCCACACUGGCCAGUUGAAAAGGUUCAAGGCGUUUGUUGCCAUCGGGGACUACAAUGGCCACGUCGGUCUGGGUGUUAAGUGCUCCAAGGAGGUGGCCACUGCCACCUGCGGGGCCAUCAUCCUGGCCAAGCUCUCCAUUCUCCCUGUGCACAGAGGCUACUGGGGGAACAAGAUCCACAAGCCCCACACCGUUCCUUGCAAGGUGACAGGCCACUGCAGCUCUGUGCUGGUGCACCUCAUCCCUGCGCCCAAGGGCACUGGCAUCGUCUCAGCCCCUGUGCCCAAGAAGCUGCUCAUGAUGGCUGGUAUUGAUGACUGCUACACCUCAGCCAGGGGCUGCACUGCCACCCUGGGCAACUUCGCCAAGGCCACCUUUGAUGCCAUCUCUAAGACCUACAGCUACCUGACCCCUGACCUCUGGAAGGAGACGGGAUUCACCAAGUCUCCCUAUCAGGAAUUCACUGACCACCUCAUCAAGACACACACCAGAGUCUCUGUGCAGAGGACGUAG